UUGACCAAUCACAGGCUGCACUGUAGUAGAAUCCCGCCCACCAUUUAAAAGCCACUUCCCUGGCAGUGUGACGCCAUUCUCUGCUGACUGAAGCAAUGGCAUGGACAGGGCUGCUCACUCUCUUUGCGCUCCCUCUAGUAGCCGUAGGGUUAGACACAUUUGCAUAUUUGGGAGACUCCGUUACAUUGACUGCGAGAGAGGAGUGCGAUAAACUCAUCCUGAUUCAUCGGCUGAAAGAUGACCGAGCGCUGGCUGUGGCAACUUCUGUUGACGAUGUUUGGAUGCCGCAUGAAAGUUAUAGAGACCGGAUUGAACACCGUUCAAAGCUUUCUGUCACGUUAACUCGUGUCAACUACAACGAUAACGGGUUCUAUGAGUUUACCUGCGGCAGCCGCGUUGUUACCACUAUCCAGCUGAAGGUUUUUCUUCCCUUCGGCAUAUCGGCGACAGAAGGAGAACAAGUCAAACUCCCGUGCCAUUCCUAUACUGCAGAUAAACCAGCGAAGCCUAUAAGAUGGGAAAAAAACGGAGAGCUUGUGUUUGAACAGCAACAACCCUCCGGGGAGAUCAGAUAUGGGACAGGAUUUAAGGGAAGAAAUGUAUCUGUAUCACCUGAUUGGUACAGCAAUGGAGAUGUGUCGCUGACUUUCGGUCGAGCUCAGCCGGAGGAUGAGGGUGUGUACGUUUGCUACACGGAUGGACCAGAGAGAACGAGGGGAGAACCUGCUGCUGUGAGGGUGAAGAUCACCACCAAAAGAAACCCGGAUCAGAUCACAUGUGCGCCCCAGAUUGUGCCACCGUCACAGAGCGUCCCACAAGAUAAUUGGGCAAUUUUCGGCAAAAUAGCAGCUGGGGUGUUUGUGAUUGUGGCCCUUAUUCUGUUUAUUCUGCUUGGUCGGUGGUUGAAGUCCCACUGCUCCAGACCUGGACCCGGCGGAGGACGAUAUUCAGAUGUGCCUACGGUGCCUCCUCUUCCUCCUCCUCCUCAAGCCAACGGGUGCUCCCAGUCAAAUAAUGCUCAAGAGUCCAAGGUCUAAAGACAUCAGAGGUUCAAUUAACUUAUUGUAUUUUCCAUUUUUAAGUGUCAUGCCUUAGCUCAAACAAUCAAUCAUCAAUAAUUCCAUGAAAUGACCAGAAAACAUGCUAUAUCAUUAUUGACAUAUGAAAUGAACUUGGGAUAGAAGAUUUUGGCCAUAUCACUCAACCCUAAACACACAGCUACAGGUUCUGGUUUAUUGUGAUGGUUUAGCUACUCCACUUACUUUUUUUUUUAUACCAUACUUCCAAUACUUCUAAUUACUUGUUUCAAAAAGGAGAAACAAAACAACAAUCAAACAGUGGGUGGCCAAAAUGAUCUGCUUCUUUUUUAACAUCUUUAACAAUAACUGUCAGCCAUAAGUCCAAUAUUUUUUAAGUUGAAUUGGUUCAUAAUAAUGUUUAUAUUGUUUUUAAUUUGCCCACUGCAUCUCUAACUGACCACCCUGCAUAGCCACUGUGUUUUCCACAUAUCCUCUCAUAUGUCUGUUCUCCUAAUUUAAAAUAUUUUAUCCUCUGUCUGUACAUUUUCUAUGUAGCUACAAAUGUAUUUUAUUGUGUGAUCUUGUGUUGUAUAAUGACAAUAAAUCUGAACACAGAACCUUACAUUUUGUCUGGUAAUGCAAAAAAGUCUUAGCGUGUAUAUUUAACAUACCAAUGUGUUUAUUCUCGGCUGUUGACA